AGUUUUAUAGGUUAAAACAAAUUGAUUAAAGCAUAAUGUCGUCUGUAGAAGCAUCAAUUGCACAAGGUCUGAAUGUUCUUGAACAUUCCAUUUACUGCUGCUUUCCAGAAUGUGAGUUCUUCAAAUGCAGCAACAUGAAAUGUUUAUUGGAUCAUCUUAGAGAAUGUAAGCCGAAGCAUUCAGCUAAUUGCGUAGUUUGUAAGGAAUUAUUGGCUCUAAUUUGCAGACAUGCUCGAUUUUGCUAUAAUCAGCACUGUCGAAUUCCUUAUUGUACAGUGAUGAAGGAUAACAUGGAUUACAGCGAGGAUUCAGACGUUGAACCUGUAGAUGUGGCAGGUAUCAAGAAGGAAAUUAUGGACAAUUACCGAGGCACUGGAAGCCGUAAGGUCAAUACAAAUUCUUUUGAACCACCACGUAAAAAGCGACGUCUUCAAUACCCAUCCAAAGUAAAGAAGGAAUUUGGAUUUUCUUCAACACGAUCGAUUCCGUUGCCUGCUUUUUCAUUUCCAUCACCAACAAAAUUUCCAACUCUUGCCCAACAUUUGACUGACAAAACAGCACCAACAGAACAAGAUACAGAUAUGAGACGUUUUGAUUCUCAACCAAGUACAUCAGAAUUUAAUCCACAAUUCCUGUUUCCUGCUGACAGAUUGAAUGAUGCCUACAAUUUAUAUUAUUCGACUCAAAAUAACAGCAAUAACAGAAACAUUUAUGCUGCAAGGAAGUCUUCGUACUAAGAAUUCUGGAAAUUCAUUCUUUUUUUCUUCUGUAUCAUCAAGUUGCCUUAAAACAGACAUGAAGAAAUGGGAAAAGAAAUCUUUUGGGAUAAAUUCAAAGUUAUGACGUGAAGCAUAUUUUCUUACAAAUUUAUGAUGACAAGAUGCGAUGGAAAAUAUGUUUUUAUAUACAAAAGUGAAACGGAUGAGCCUGAAGUGCGACAAGAUGGGGGGAUGAAAGGAAUGGCUUGUUUUGUUGCUGCAAAAUUGAAUUUAGAAGGGAGGAAAAAUUGAGUUAUGACUUUAGUGGUUUUAUGCUACAUAUUUACUGGAUGUAGUUUAGCCUUAAGUUUCUUUAUUGAAUAAGAAGUUUUGACUUGCUGUAAAAUAUCAUAAAUAUUGAAAUAAAAC